AUGACCAUGAUAAGAACAGUAACAACAAAAUCAAGGGUUUUCUUAACUAUGUUAGGAAAACAAAAUUUUCGUAGUAUUGUGACCACUGCUAGAUCAAGCGUUUUAAUAAAUACCUGUAAUAAAAAUAAAAAUAGUCAUUACUCAACUAGUACAAGUAUUCCUAGUAAUGCAGAGCUUAUUAACAAGUCUGACGCUAAUCCAUCGGCAGCUCCAUGUUCUACCACAGGUCGGGAAGUGCCUCAAGAAAUAAUGGAAUUAUCAAUGGAAGCUUACGAUGAAAAAAGUGAUUUAUUUUUGGAUGAUAUUUUAGAGAAAUUAGAAGAUAUAUCAGAAAAAUCACCCGAUUUAAUACCAGAUGUAGAGUUAACACAAGGAGUAUUAACAUUAGAGUUAUCACCAUUAGGAACAUAUGUUAUUAAUAAACAACCACCCAACAAGCAAAUAUGGCUAUCUUCGCCAUUAAGUGGUCCUAACAGAUUUGAUUACUAUAAUAAUUCUUGGGUAUCUUUAAGAGAUGGUAGCUUAAUGAUUGAUACAUUAAAUAAUGAAUUAAAACAAGCUAGUAAUGGUAAGUAUAAAUUAAAAUAG